AUGAGUGCGUGUCAAACAGAAGCAUGCAGCAGUGAUGAUUGGUGGCAGAGCUCCCCGCGGGCUAGCCCGACUCUUUUUCCAAGAGGAACCUGCACGCCUCAGGGAGGCCAUCUCAGGAAGGAAGAAACCUCUCCGCAGACUGCCGAAGCCCACCAAAGCCCGCCAUGUACGAGCGGCAUGCGUCGCUCUCCGCUUGAAUCCCCCAUCGAAAACGGAGUUCCACCUAGCUUCCGUAAGGUCUUCAACGAUCGUUAUUUUAGUGGAGAAAGUAUCCCGAAGAUAGACAUCAACAGUGCCCUUGACAUUCUGUGGAAUGAAGGAGAGAUUGAUGGCCGGCAACUUUUCCGUGGUUACGACAAACUCACAAUCAGAGGCUUGUUGCCACAGCAGCAUCAUCAAUCGAUACAAGGUGGACCCCAAGAGGGCGAUAGAACUAAUGUAUUGGAAGCAGAUCGCAAUGCUGCCAACACAGGCUGGACCGCGGAAGCCGCCAGCCCCUUCAAUGAUCAGGAAAGCACUUUUACGAUUGCAUCGCCGACGGAUCCUGUAUACACGUCGCCGAAAUAUGGAGCACCCCAACGCCCUCUGCACCUUCGGGAAGCACGAGAAACCCCAGUAGCAACAGUCUCAGGCGGCAUGAUCAGCCAACCAACUAAUCCCGAAAAUGAUACUAUGGAGGGUGCGCAAACGCCUUGUGAGAGCGACGAUGCGCCGUGGAGCGGGAUGAAAAAGUGGCUAAGGGACAGGGCCUCACGAGCACCGCCCACUGACGAGACACCAGAUAAUCAGGACACCCACGAAGCACGCACGCUGAAGAAAAUGCAAGAGUUGCUGUGUCAAGCUCUGAGGUUCCAGUAG